AUGCCCGCAACCGAGUCGAUGCUCCCACUGGUUCGCCUGCCCGAGCCCUACAAGACGACCUACGAGCUGCAGGUCGUCUCAGUCGAGCAUGGUGUCAGACAGUUCCAGCUGCGCCGAUCCCCCCGGGUGGACGAAGGAUCUCCACCGCCAGAGCAGCUGCACCACGACAGCCUCAAGUUCACCGAUCUGACAUCUCCCGCCUCGUCCGCGGUCCCGCCAGAAGGAAACAACUCUGCAUGGGCUCGUGCCCAGAGAGCCCCCGUCACGCAAUGGACGUGGGGUGGGAAAGAUGCCCCGACAGUCGGUCAGAUCUGGGCUGUCGUGUAUGCACUGGUGACGCUGCGCAGCGAAUUCGAGGUCUUCCGCGCCGUCCUCUCCGGCGAAGGCAGGGACCUGCUGGCCCAGGAACUCCAAGCCGUUGGCCUCGCCGUCCAGCACCCCAGCCCCUCCGCUCCACCCGGCCAACCGACCCCUGCGUCCCCCGACCUCUCAGACCAGCUGCUCAUCCAUCGCAGCACCUUCUGGCAGGGCGCGGGCUCGCCCUUUGGACCGCGCGCCGUCUGGGUCGCCGACAACAGCAUCCACCGCGGCCUGCGCCGGCCGCUGACGGCGUACCCCCUGCACCCGAUCCAGCACACCCUCACGACCAAGUUCCCCGACGUGCGCGUGCACGCCGUGCACCCAGUGCGGCCGCCCAAGCCCGCGCCGGGCUCGAUGAUCUACAGCCGCUACAUCCCGCACCUGGACGAGUUCUUCUCCAUCUGGGCGCUCGACUACACCAACGAGGAGCACCUGCAGCUCUUCCACAAGUGGCAGAACGAUCCGCGCGUCGCGAAGGGCUGGAACGAGACCGGCACGCUCGACCAGCAUCGCGAGUACCUGCGCAAGAUCCACGAGGACCCGCACCAGAUUACGGUGCUGGCCAAGUUCAACGAUACUUUCUUCUCCUACCAUGAGAUUUACUGGGCGAAAGAGGACCAUCUGGGCGCGUACUACGACGCCGACGACUGGGACCGCGGCCGCCACUCGCUCGUUGGCGACAUUCGCUUCCGCGGCCAGCACCGCGUCAUGGUGUGGUGGUGCAGCAUCAUGCACUACAUGUUCCUCGACGACCCGCGCACCAAGUUCGUCGUCGGCGAGCCCAAGUACACCAACCUCACGCCUCUGGCAUACGACCACGCCACCGGGUUCAACCUCGAGAGCGUCGUGGAUCUGCCGCACAAGCGCUCCGCGCUGGUCAAGUGCCGGCGCGAGAAAUUCUUCCACAUCGCCCCGUUCCGGUUUGACGGGUCCGAUGUGCUCGAGCGGGACCCGUUCCGGGCGUUGAAGCUGUAG